AUGUUCAAGCAACGCUCCCACGAGACCCACCACGAUACGCACCGACUGCAAAUAACCUCGAACCCAAACCAAUACACGAUCGCUCUUCUCGGCGACAGCCUCUUCGAGCGCUUCAAGACCACUGGCUGCGCGCUCUCCAUCAACAACAAUCCUUGCAUUCUGAACCUCGGUGUCGGCGGCGAUAAGGUCCUCAAUGUGCAGUACCGCAUCGACCAAGGUCUUUUCGACGACAUCAAGACCCACCAGCCAAAUCUAAAGCUGAUGUACGUCCACAUGGGAAGCAAUAAUCUCAAGAAGAACGGCUUGCGAAAGAAUGAUGCGGAUGCGUAUGCGGCUUUGAUCGCGACUAUUCGAGAGGCGCUUCCUGAUGUUGAGAUUGUGAUGACGGCCCUUUUUAAACAGCGUGGUUUGGUGGAUGAGAUCAUUGACGAGGCGAAUCGUAUACUGAAGGAUAUUGCGGAUCGCAAUGGUGCUGCGUUUUUGCCAUUUGGGGAUGAGCAGGAUGGGAUCAUGAGUGAGGAUAAUGUUCAUUUGAAUGAGACUGGUCCACUGCCCCAACUGCCGUCUCUCCUCCUCCAGGUUUUUGACAUUCCCCGCAAUCAUAGCAAUCUGCUGCUUCUUUGUCAGAGCAUCCUGCUUCGCCUCCAUCAAGAUCCGACUCCAAUUCUGGACACCGACCCUCAUAGUCUCGAUUUCCUCCUUCAGCAACCGAACUUUUUCCCCAUCGCUUUCAUUGACAACACUGCUCUUGAUACCAAUAUCACACGCAUCCGCUAG